UUAGAAAUUCUAAUUUGAAAAUUAGCAUAGCCUCAUGAAAAUAUACAAUGUGUAAGGAUUUUACCAAGCAAACUCCAGUAGAGUGUGUUGGAUUUUUCAUUAUAGUGUUUAUAAGAGAUUUUUAUGGCAGGCCAGUCAUCUUCCUUUUCAGGAAGCCUCCACAAAGAAGAUUGCUUUGCAAGCUGGGUGCACUGUGGGAAACACAUCUCUUUAGAAGCAAUGAAAUGAAAACAAAUCUCUCCUUUGGAAUACUUCUUACGAAGACAUAUUACAGUGUUAGGUGUACAUGCCUAGGAAUAGAAAAUACCCCACCCCUCAUAUCUUCAGUGGGCAUUAGAUUCCUUUUCACACCUCUUUCCUCAAGUUUUAAAGAUGUUAUUAAUGCCAGCAUUUAUUUAGAAUUAGUUCUCUGGAAAUGGCAGUGGAUAAAAAAGUGGGGGAGGGCAGAGGGAGGAAAAUGGAGCAUUUGGAAGAAUACAUAACUAUCUGAAACAGAUACAGUAAAACUCAAUAUCCCAUUGAACAUCAGUUUGGGUGUUUCUGUAAGUUCUGAGAAAUGUUUUAGGUACACAGUUUAUUUGUUUUAUACACACACACACACACACACACACACACACAUAUUAUAUAUAUGGGAUUGGGGUGGUGGAAACUGUUAACACAGGGAGAAGAAGGCAGAACACAAUUGAGAUUGUCCUUUCUCUUAACCAGUUACUUGAAGUAGGUCCUGCAAUGGUUAAGUGAUUCUGAGAAGUGAAAGAAAUAACUGUGUUAAUGUUUUCUUGUCUUAAGGGUUAACACAUCAGGGAUCAGAAACACAGAGCAAGACAUAGAUAUUCCAACCAGUCUGUACUAAAGGAGAGAAAUGCCAACCUAGGAAGUGCGAAUACAGUGUUUUUUGACAAAGUCACAGAGAGAAUUUCCUGUGCUCUGGUUCCUGGGUCACCCUAGAAGCUUGAGGCAUUACUGCUCAUCCUACUCUGCAUCUGUGUACCUCCAACAGAGGAUUCAAGAGCAUCACCGCAGCACACUAUGUCCCUUCCUCUUUUAAUGCUUAAUGUCUCCUCCCUAGCUUCCUGCUGAGCUCUGAGAUCCACAUCGUUCUUAAGCACAAACACAUCUCCUGUGAAUCAGCCUUGGACCAUCACUUCUCAUGGCAGUUUCUAGAAUCAAUCUGUGGAGGUUGAUGUCUGUGAUCUUUGGAAUAAAAUGUCUUUUGUUGAUGGUUACUUUGGGAGUUUUGAUGAAAAAGUCAUUUACUAUACAGAGUAUUCAACCAACAUCUUCUCCAACUUCCGUCGAAGAAGUUUCUGAAUGCUGUGCUUGCCUAGAAAAGUGGGUUGGAUAUCAAUGUAACUGUUACUUCAUUUCCAAAGAAGAAAAGUCUUGGGAAGAGAGCAGAGAUUUCUGUGCUGCUAAGAAUUCUAGUCUUCUUCAUUUCAAAACCAGAAAUGAAAUGAAUUUUAUGAGCUCCAGUCAAUCCUAUUUCUGGAUUGGAAUGCAUUUUCAUGAAGAACAGGAUGCCUGGCUAUGGGAGGAUGGCUCAAGCCCUUCAAAAGAUCUAUUUCCAGAGUUCUCAUAUAACAAGACAAAGGACUGCAUUGCAUAUAUCCCAAGUAAAACUAUUUUCAUCGAACCCUGUAAAAAUAAAAACUAUUUCAUCUGUAAGCAACUGCAUAUUUAAAUAGUUCUUAAGGCAAUGGGUAUAGACAAGAGAGGUCCAGGAUUAGUUCAACAUUACUUAACUCUCACAAUAUUACUACCUUUUCAUCUUGAGUUGGUAGAAUGUUUCUGAAUGCUAUCAUUUCAUACAUUUGAACCCAAGUAUUUUAUGCUUGUUGGAUUUUUCACAUCCGUGCAUAAAAUUAGGAUGAGUAAAGGUAGAGAGUUUUUUUAUAAAUAUUUUGAUUUAAUGCAUGCUCAAUAUGCAAUAUAAUUUAAUCCACAUUCUUGUAAAGUUUUCUUGGAAACAGAAUAAAAUUUAUUCCAAACCGAGUCAUAUGUAUCCAUGUGGUUUUAGUGUUUAUAUUGGAACUGAAUUGAACCUGGAGAUGAGUUUGAGAGACAAAAUCACUUCAU